AGACAACUGACACAUCUCCAAACGACAAAGCUUAUUUUUAGUCUUUUGCAGUGAGUAGGGCCACUGUUCAAGCGUAUCUUGCGUGCCCGGGACUUCCUGUGGUUUUUAUUUUAUUUUUCACUUACAUUGUAUACAUCUCAAAACGGAGAGACUACAACAAAACUUGCCGCAAAAUGAAGCGAGACCAGUGUCUGCAGCUUUGCCUUCAGCAGGUCACCAACUCCCCGCUUUCGUACCGCCACGGAUCCAUCGUCGCAAAGGGUGGAAAGAUCCUGGGCCAGGGCUACAACGAUUAUCGCCAUGGCUUUAACGGCGACACUCUCAAGACAGGAACGCUUCGUAAGGCCGCAUCUCCUCACACUACCCCCAACAGGCCUACAUUGGGGUUCAUGCCCUUCGAAAUAGGCGGAGAUAGUACGGGUAACCGGUGCAUCAGCAUGCAUUCUGAGAUGAUGACUAUACACUUCGCCCUGAUGGCCACAAGAACGGCAGCCGCUGAUAACAUGUCCAACGUUCAAUGCGGCUUCAUGCGCUGGAGCCAUGUUCAAAACACCGUAGCCCAGGAGAAGAACAAGACCAAGCCAUCAUGCAAGAAGUCCAAGAGUGAAUUGACGAAGAAGAAGCGUGGAAAGCAGCACAUUCCCAACGAUCUCGGCAAGAAAGCAGAUAACAGAGACCCAAAGAAGGACAGGUUGAGUUGUAGGCCGGAGUUCUGUCGACUUGAAGAACAGUCACACUUUCCGACCCAGGAAUGCCCGAUUCCACGCCAAAACAACGUAUGCCAGCGAACAAAACACCCCAAGCUCAUCGGCGCCGAUGUCUAUGUCGUCAGGUUAGCCCACCACGGCACUGGCACCGAUCAUAUCAAGGCUGAGGAAGUCGACGACUCCAGACUGUUAGACAUGCCACCGCCAGUCCACGUUGAUGCACCCUCCUCAUCACCAUGAUGCCUUCACGACGAGUUGACAAUAGCCCCCUAUCCUUCCCUGUUCCCAUUACCAACAUCGCUGAAAUCUCUCCCGUAAUGCGAGCCACCAACUCCCGUCCAUGCUACCGUUGUAUCAACUACAUGCGCAGUGUCGGCAUCAGGCGUGUGUUCUGGACAAAACAAGGAAGAUGGGAGGGUGCCAAGGUGCGAGACUCGGUACAUGUUCUGAAUGGGUGCGGCGCCUCAGGGUCAUAUCAAGAGGAGGUAUUUGUUACAAAACACGGGAUCUUGAUGCGAACGAGGCUCAUGGGUGUCUGACAUUGCCGUGGGCUAGAAAGCAUAGAGUAGCUAGGGUCAGGGAAGGAAAUAAGCGUAUGAGGGAGCUACUUCAGACAACCAACAUAAAGUCUUUCAAUGGUUUUUGAUGACAUUUCCAUAGCUCCAACAAGCAAUCGGCUAGACCGGGAAGAGUUUGUGACUGAAAGGUAUGACUACCUCUAUCCAUCAUGACUGUCACAUUUUAUCAUCCGAACAUCGAGGUUACCCAUAAAGACUGUCCCAAGAAAGGAGCAUAUAUACCAGAGCAACAGUUACCUUCAUCAUCAUCUAGUCCCCAGUAUCUCAAGCCCCACCCGAGUCCGAAGAACUUUUUUUUUGCAGUUUUUUCCUUAGCUCCAUAUCACCAAACCUCAUCAAACUGUAUGGUGAACACGAGUCAAUAUGCCUCGACCUCUAUCUCCAGACGAGUAUCAGUUUAUAAGAUUUGACGAAUGGUCUCUUUCCUACGACAACGCUGGCAACAAAUUCGACAUGCCGGAUCAAUACUUUGUCCCCGUUGCAGCCCCGUACAGUGGCCAGCCUAUCGUCUCUCCUGUCGGUGGGGGCUACACGCUGCUUUCUACCAAGGAUGUAGACGAAGAGGUUAAUCCUUAUAUCAGCAAUCCUCUUGUUACCUACUGGUCAGAAGAGACAGUCGAAGAGUUCGUCAACCGCUGUCGACCGUCAAAGCAAGCCGCCACAAAUUUUAACUGGUAUAUCAUCCGCAACCCGCAUGCUACUCAACUUCCAGGACGCGGAGGUGAUAGGCCUUCUUGUUUGAAGGAGGGGCUCGAGAUCGUUGCCAGUGCGGAAAAGGCCAUUGAGGCGGUCGUGGCUAAGAAAGGGCGGGAUCAGGCGGAGCCCCUGAUCAAAAGGCUUUCGACAGAUUUGAUCGACUUGGCGAGGAGGCAUGAAGUCACUCGUGGCCAUGCAUGUCCACAC